UUGAAUCAGCCGCCACCGGUCCCGGCCUGUUGUUCCAUUGUGUCGGCGCGAUCGUUCGCACCGGUGCUCACUUGCGGUUCCUCUCGCGCGACUAUUUCGAGAGUCCGAGGUGAGAACGGCUGGAAAGACCGAAGAAGGCAGAGAGAACACGGAGGAAAGAUAUUUGACGACUAAAAAAAAGAAGAGAGAUAAAAAAGAAACAGAAAGAGGGACACUGACGCCAAUUUGAAACGAUCCCGAGUGGAUUGCAAGAGGACUUCGCGCCGGAGGCGAAAGGAAACGCGCGGGAGAUAAGCAGAAAACGUUUUCUCAACGAUUCAGAGACCGAGAAGCAUCUCGGAUCAUCCUUGGUAUGUAAUGAAAUACCGGCGACAAGUGUCGUGAUUGACGAUAAUUGCCGAGCCCGAGAGCAGGUAUCACUCGCGGAGUCGGGGAGAUCGUUGUUCUCCAUCACUAAAGUAUCGACACGCCCCCCUCGAGGGAAAAGAAAGGAUCGUCACGAGAGAAACCGCCGGUGAACGGAGAGGAUUGGAGAAACAGCCAGUCAUCUAUAACGAAACGCACCGGUACGAGUUUGUGAUUGUCAACGUGACUGUCAACGCGGCGUCAUUGUACAUCACCGCCACGUGACACUCCGGCUGUCAUCGAGUAACAGUUUCCUCUUGCGCCACGUGACGGCAUCGAUGAUCUGGGACAGCCAGCGACUGCCUGGACGUAAUCGUCGCGCGGGUGAGUCGUGAGCGCGAUCACAGAGAGAGACAUCGCGGGAAACGCGAGCGUCAGCUCUUCGUCUCCGAUGAAAUCAGCGACGUAAUCUAGUGUCACGCCGAUACGUGCUCCGAGCGGUGACUAGCGUCGUGACGUGCACCACGAGGCGUCGAAGCGGCGGCACAACGACGACGAGGACGACGAGGACGUCGAGGAGAGCAGCGGAGGCGGCAGAGGAGAAGUGCAGCCGGCGGCAGGAGAGGGAGAAAAAUCAAGAAGGAAGUAGCAAGUGUCACGAAGGGACCCUUGUCAGUGAGUGGUGGACCGUGGUGCGGAUCGUGGGGGCAUCGUGCGCGUGCGACAAGGAUCUUGACCGGGAAAGAGAGAAAGAGAGAGAGAGAAAGAGAGAGAGUGUGUGUGUGUGUGAGAGAGCAAGAGACGCAGGAAACGACAGGGGGGUGGCCGGCAAGCACGCGCAGCGAGACCUCCGCGCUCGAUACGGGCACGCGCGCGAAUUCGACACGAUCGCCACUUCCGAUCGUGCCGGCCGGCUUGGUACGGAAGAGGGCUGUGACCUUGCGACCCGACCUUGGAAAUUGGCGCCACCGUCGAUCGCGUUAUUUCGUCGCGGCUUGCGUUUCGCCGGUAAUUCGUGAACAAAAUUAAUUCGACCGCGGCGGGACGCGCGAGUGUGAAGAGGAGAAGAAGAAUACAUUUGAUUGGUCUCUGCGGUCGCUGAUCUCGGCGAGGUUUUCGCCCGGUUUCUUCGAUUUCCGGAGACGAGGAAGGACCGCUCGCGAUCGUACUACGACCUGUAACGCCGAUGGAAUGACUCAAUAUGCCGCCUAGGUCGUUACUGGUGAUCUUCGCCGCGCUAUGCGCGACGUGCAGUCGCGGCGCUGACUUCUUCAGCGGGAAGGAAUACGAUUUGAUGUUGGCAGCAGUAUCGUCGAUGACGGACGAUAAUAAUUUUUACGAGGGCGUGGACGGAUUCCCGGCGUUUGGCUUUCAACCCGGAUCCGAAGUGAAGCAACCCUACAGACUGUACCUCCCGGAAAAGUUGCCAGCCGAGUUCACCCUGGUGGCCACAUUCAAGCCGACCUCCUUUAAAACGAGUUAUUACCUCUUCGCCGUUCUUAAUCCCUUCGAAACCGUUGUCCAAUUGGGCAUUAGAAUUUCGGAUGGACCUGACUCAAACCAAAAUAUCUCGCUGGUCUACACGAAUUCCGACGAGCAUUCGCAUUCGGAGGAGGUGGCGAAAUUUACCGUGCCAAAGCUUACGAAGAAAUGGUCGAAGAUCGUCAUUAAGGUUUCCACGAGCGACAUCACCUUCUACCUCAAUUGCCACGAAAUGGCUCGGCAAAGGGUUACCAGGAUCCCCCAGGAAUUAGUAUUCGAUACCGCCAGCACGCUGUACAUCGCGCAAGCUGGACCGCACAUCCAGGAACGAUACGACGGUUUGCUGCAAUCUUUGAAGUUAUACGCCGGCCAUCCUCCGGACCUUGUAAAAUGUACUGCUGAUUUUGACUUUUCAGCAGAUGAAGAGCUCGCUUCUGGUGAUUAUUAUGAUGUCAAUUCAUUCGACGGUUCCGGCGACGCUGAAUUCAAUAAGAUCAGUCGAGAUGCGGACGAAGACAAAAGUGAAGAGAGUAACCCACCGCCAUUCAUCACGCCUCCGCCUCCGAAUCCAGAUUAUAAAGGUCCGAAAGGCGAGAAGGGUGACAAAGGGGAAAAGGGCGAGAGCGUCAGGGGUCCCCCGGGGCCUCCUGGCCCGCCUGGUCGCGACGAGGAUUGGCAAAUGAAGAUACCACAGGGACCACCCGGUCAGAAGGGAGACCCCGGCACUUGCACCUGCAACGCCACGGCCUUAAUGUCUUCCUUUACGAUGCCAAAGAUGAUACAAGGGCCGAAGGGUGAGCCAGGAGUACCCGGACAGGAAGGCAAGCAGGGUCUAAUGGGCCUCACGGGUGCGGCAGGACCGCCAGGGGAAAGAGGACAGCAGGGUUCGUCCGGGGCUAAAGGUGACAAGGGUGAUAUUGGAAUAGCGGGACCGGAAGGCCCUCAAGGUCAGAAGGGUGAACCAGGUCGGGAUGGAAUAGCCGGUGAAAAGGGUGCGCAAGGUCCGCCGGGGCCGCCCGGAAAAGGAGAAUUUUCUGGCUAUGACCCCAGUUGGAAACCUCGAAAUAUUUACAGACCGGAAGGUAUCACAAUGAGGCCAGGACUUCCAGGGCAAAAGGGUGAGCCAGGCAUUUCAGGAAAUCCCGGGCCUAAAGGCGAGUCUGGAAUACCCGGAUCCAAAGGUAUCAAAGGCGAACCCGGGCACAAAGGUGUUAAGGGCGAUCAUGGGAAAGACGGUUCUAGAGGAAUUCAGGGUUUCAAGGGUGAACCUGGCGCGCCCGGUGCACCUGGGUUGCCUGGGGCACCCGGUGAAAACGGACGACCGGCGGAGAAGGGAGCUAAGGGUGACACGGGACCUGAAGGAAAACUGGGACCUCCAGGACCACCCGGUUCACCGGGUGUGAGCGGAUCCGGUGGCAUAAAUGUGGGAGAUUUAGGAUUUGGCACGAAAGGGGACAAGGGCAAUAGUGGAGCGCCCGGGUACCAGGGUGAUAAGGGCACGAAAGGCGAAAAGGGCGAUAAGGGUGGCGGCGGACCAGCUGGUAUUCCCGGAAUAAACGGUAUUCAAGGACCUCAAGGAGAUAAAGGCGAACCGGGUAAAGACGGAGUAUCAGGAUUACCCGGCAUACCUGGCGCUAAAGGUGAGAGAGGUGAGAGAGGUCCUCCUGGAGCCACUACCGUCGCCAAUUCCGGAGACUAUAUCACCAUCAAAGGUGAGAAAGGCGCCGAAGGAAAACGGGGCAGGAGGGGACGACCCGGUCCGCCGGGUCCUGUGGGUCCUCCCGGAAAACCAGGAACUAUGGGAGAAAUCGGUCUACCAGGAUGGAUGAACUCGAUGAAGGGUCGUCCUGGGACUCCUGGAAUUCCGGGAAAUAGCGGACCAAUGGGACCCAAGGGAGAAAAGGGGGAACCUGGCGCACCGAGUCCUUACGGUGUUUCUGUCGGUGUAAGUAUAACUUCCAGUUUCUUGUCGUGGUGUCGCCCGUGUAAACUUCUCUCGUGCACGAACUCUCGUGAACUUCACAUACCUAUAAAUCCAAGCGCCUACCAAACGGCGAAAAGCGAAAAUCGAAAAAUUAAACCGAGCCUUCCCUUCGCAACAGAAUUUCACGCGAGUGAGUACCUAACUUAACUUGUCGGUCGAUCGUCCGCGAACAGUGAGAACGAGAACAAGAAAUGUUGCCCUUUGUUUCUAAGGGAAAAGAGAAAGAUGGGGGGAGGAAAAGGUGCGGAAAUAAAAAUAAUGGUUUUCACCUCGCACGGUUUCGGUCUGGCAGAUUAAAGUGGCGGGGCAUAUAUAUCCUUGUGAAUAGGACGAUGCGGAAGUCUUUGAACAACGGGCGGCGCAACGCGAGUGAUGGAAAUUAAUGCAAAGAGUGCGCCUGGCGUGCUCCCUUUUUUUUCGCGUCUUCGUCUCGUUGGAUUUAUUCGUUUGCGCCGAACAGAAAUUUUCUCCGCCGCGGUGCACAGAGUUUCGCGAGCUGUCACGGCCGACAACUGACAAAUAACGCAUGCUGAUACGCGCGAUAUCGCCCCGCUUUGCUGCGAGCUGCGAGCUUGUAUGCGUGGUGCAGCGUAUUCACGUACGCCAGAGUCGCCAGACGUACCCAAAUAACAAUCCUUUUAAAUAUUACAACAUCUUGUUACGGAGUAAAGCACUAACAAUUA